CUUAGGGGCAAAAGUGAGGGCAAGAGUGUGCCCUUCAUUAGUACGGUCAAAUUAUGACGACCUCUGUACUUCAAGGGCAAACCCUACUGAGUGCCUCUCCUCUCCCGGGAUCCACGCGGUUGGAAGCCUGGUGCAGGAGCCGUGCGGGGGCACUCCAUAGAGGGAGAAACCUGCCAUCCCGGAACCGAGGGAACUUCCUACCAAGCUCCCCUCCACCGGAGGACUACAAUAUCAAUCUGUCAAUUGAUACCCUUGGGACAGUAACUACCGGAGGAAGAGAGGAGAGCUGGCGUGCGCCACAAAUGAAGGUCCCAAAUCUUGGAGGGAGAUUCCGCUCCCGAAGAAAGUUCAUUUCCUACCCAAAGGAGAGUAGCACUCACUGGCUGGCGCUGGGUGGAGCGGAGCAGGGCACAGAAGAGAAGACGCCGGGGUCGAGCGCUAGUCUUGGGAACCGAGGCAGAGCCGGAGAGAAGCGCAGCGGAGCGCACACUACAGGAUUUAAGGGAGUUGCUCAGCCGACCUCCACACAGCGGCCCCUGCCGCCCUCACAGAGGACCAGUGAGAGAGGGGGAAAAAAAAAAAAGAAAGAACAAGAAAAAGGGGGAGGAGAAAAACCAGUUAAGGGAGUCACUUGCCCUGCCCUCCCUCCCACCCCUGGAGCGUGA